AGUGGAGGAAUUGAAUAUAAAACCAAGACGCAACUGUUUAAGUUGAAUUAAUGCUUAUCAGUCACGAAUAGUAAAACCAAACGCAGGAGUUCAAGAGAUUCUAGUAUAGUGGUGGCACUGUUUGUGGUGAACCGAUCCUCCUGUGUUAAAUGAACUAUGGCUACGGCAAAUUUAGUCCUUGUCAUAACAGUUGCCACUCUCGGAUUCUACCAGUCUAAACUAAAUGGCGUAUCUAUUGUGGAAGCCAGCACAGGCAGCUGCAUUCGUUUGCCAAAAGCCUGCAACAGAGUUAAGAAUAUUACAAAUGCUAUUAAUGCUACGGAUGGAAUUAAUGCUACGCAUGGAGACGAAAAUAUAAUUCAACAAAUUAAUUCCCUUCCAGAAGCUACUGAACGAAGCCAAUGCCUGUCGGCGUUAAGAAGUUCAAUGUGCCUUUCUUCCAUGCGUGUUUGCCACAAUAGUUCAAAUUCAACGUUCCCGCUAAAUUUCACAAAGAUAGAAGCAUGUGGGAAUAUUCGGCAUAACUGUACAGAGUUACUGAGAAAAACAUUUGGUAGCAAGUAUUGCAAUUCCACGGUGAUCGAGGGUUAUAAUAGUAGUUCUGAAUGUGUUAACGUUACUGUUUCCAAAAAUGGAUAUUGUCCCUAUAACGACACAUACAAGAUGGAAGCAGCAAACGUAAUCAGAUUUCUGCUAAAGGCGAAGAAAGAAACGCUAAAAAAUGCAACGACAAGUGCAAAUGAUACAUGUUGGGACGAAUUCAAAAGAAUGCACUGCAAAACAUUUGUGCCAUCAUGCGGUAACAAAACCAGCGAGAUUACCAGAGAUAUCUGCAAACAGAAACUAAAGUGUUUGCCUCCCGGCGAGCGUGAGAACAAGACAAUGGUUUGUUCCAAUUUUCCGUCCAAAACAAUAACAACAACAACAUCGAUGUCUACAACUAAAGCGGUGACUACUCCAUACGAUUUUACCAAAGUGUUCAAUACCACAAUCACUAUUCGACUAAACAUCCCAUUCAACCCGAACUAUUCUAAUAAAUCUAGUUCCCUCUACAAAGGCCUUAUUGAUGAACUAACAAGUGGUCUUAAGGAUGCUUACAAUGAAGUACAGGGUUUUAAAGGAGUGGUUAUUCAGGAAUUAACAUGUCGUAAAUCGGUUGCAGCGAAACACAAAGUUGUUACAAGCUUAACUCCUAAUGUUAGAGUUCUAGAAGCAAGAUUAGUUUUGGCAAACGUAACAGCCGGAUACCUUCAGGGGAAAGUUGUUGAAGAAAAUAAGCCUUGUACAGAUGAGCAUGGCGAUGACCACGAUGACCACACAGACAGUACCAACUGGGUUUAUAUGAUUGUAUUCGUUUGCAUCACGGCCCUUCUCCUUCUCGCUAUGGUUUUGUGUCAUCAAAGCAAGUAACAAGUAUACCUCAAGAUUACUGAAUCAAGAAUAUACAUAUCAAGCGAAGAAAAUAUAUGAAAAAAUUAGAGGGCGAAUUGCACAUGCUAUACAUACGAAGUAGAAACUACCAAAAGUAGUAUAUAUAUAUAAACGCAAUACACGAUGAAUUGCGUUGUCCAUUGUGAUGGUAAAAUAUAUAUAGCCAUAGGCGAACAUGGCAAGGGACAGGGAGGGCGUUGUUCUCCAAAAACUAUUAAUUUAGAAACGUUGGGCAAUUUUUUAUGGAAAUCUACCAAAAUUCAAAAUAUUUUUUAAAUUCAGAAAAUUUUGUAUACAGCGGAUCGAAUAAAAAAAAAAUAAUUUCUUUGCGGAUAUGUUGUAUCCCAUCCAAAUUUUGUGCGGGAGAGGGUGUUACCCCUACUAACUAUUUUUUACAAGAUCUUGAAGACUAUACUAGUUGGAAUUAAGUAUAUUCGCGACUUAAUUUCUAU